AUAGAUGAGUCGACUCUUUCUGGACAUGUGAUUGCCCCCAAGCUCGGCAACGAGACCGCAAAAGCCGAACUUGGUCGUGCAGCAUGGAAGCUCUUCCACACGACAUUUGCCCGCUUCCCUGACAAACCAACCGCCGAAGAGAGUUCCGCCUUGAACGCAUACAUCCACUUGUUCCAGCGAUUAUAUCCUUGCGGCGAAUGUGCCGGCCACUUCCGAACGAUCCUCGACAAGUUCCCUCCGCAAGUCACAUCACGAUCAGCUGCAGCAGCUUGGGGUUGCCACGUCCACAAUGAGGUCAACAAGUCGCUGAAGAAAGAGAUAUUUGAUUGCUCCAACAUUGGUGACUUCUACGACUGUGGUUGUGCAGACGGAGAGGCACCGGAAGGAGGCGACAGGAAAGAAGUCACCCAGGCGAGGAAG